AUGCCUCACAUGCCCCCGCACUGGCCGGUGCUGUACCUGCUGCUGCAUGCGUGUGACAAGCUCACAUUGUUUGGCCUUAUCCGCUACGCCUCUGUGCAUGUGCUGCAGAGCCCCAUGCAUGUCCCCUCAGUGCGCUCGGAACUUCACCGGCGCCCAUCUCUGCUGGUGCUGGAGUCAUUGCUCCACGCACUGGCACGCACCAACCUGCUCAGCUGCUGCGGGGGCACUGAAAACCACUUCUGCCGCCUCCCACCGCUGCUGCCUGGGGGUGAUAGGGGUGCGAGCAGUCAGAGAGAGGGUGUUGCUUCUGGUGCUGGUGGAACAGGGGAGGUGGCUUCGGGUGUGGGUGGUGCUGGUGCAGGCUUGCUUGGUGGAGAGAGAUCUGUUAAUGAGGACGACUAUGAUGAGGAUGAGGUGGACAGUAGAGGGAAGGUUGUGGGGGGCCAGGGCGCAGUGGAGGGGGCAGGGUGGGGGGAUGAGUAUGGGGACGAGGGGGAGGAAUGGGGGGAGGGAGGAGAGGGGGGAGGGGGUGGGGAAGGGACAGGUGGGGCGGAAGGUGAUUAUGAGUAUGAUGAUGAUUACUAUGGGGCGCCUAUCGAGGAGCUGAUGAGUGACUUGGAGCAUGCCAAUGCAGCACAUGCCCAAGAGGUGCAACAAACAGAUGCGUAA